AAAGCGAAACUACAGGAAGAUUUUGGUGAGGGUGCCAUCCGAGAUGAAGACGUCCUUAGCGCUGCUUUGUACCCCAAAGUAUUUAAUGAUUACAUGAUGUUCCGGGACGAGUUUGGUCCAGUCGAUGGGCUGCCCACCAGGCUCUUCUUCACUGGCCCUGAGAUUGGCGAGGAGUUCCAGGUGGCCAUCGAGCCUGGUAAAGUGUUGAACAUUAAAGUUUUGGCAAUCAGUAAUUUGCACCCCAAUGGACAAAGAGAAGUUUUCUGUGAGAUGAACGGACAGCUGAGGACGGUGAUGGUGGAGGAUAAGUCUGUCACUAAGACACUCGCGCGACAUCCCAAAGCAGACAAGUCGGUCAAAGGCUCGGUGGGAGCUCCCAUGCCGGGAAAAGUUGUCGGCAUCCGGGUCAAGGAGAAGGAGGUCGUGAAGAAGGGCUCCCCACUGGUCGUGCUUAGCGCCAUGAAGAUGGAGACCAACGUGAGUGCUCCCAUCGACGGCACUGUCAAUAAAAUCUCCGUCAAAUUGAACCAGACCUUAGAAGCAGGAGACCUGUUGGUGGACAUCGAACCUCUUAGUUGAUUCCAGUGUAUAUCGCUCUCGUAGGCCGAUCGUAGUCAUUCGGCUCAUCUUCGGAGAGCUUCGGAAGUUUGUGGUGAUUUGCCGCUAGAAAGAAAAGCCAAGCUGCAUUUGCAGAAUCGUUGGAUGUGUAUUCUAAUGUAGAUUCACUUAGUAGCAUUUAAGCAGUUGGGGAAUAUAUGUAGAGAGCGUUAAGAAGUUUUUGAAAGGCUAAAGUAUGUGCCUUUUGAAAAACUACUUAUCAAAAUUUCUUUUAAUUAAGGUACCCAAACUCUCUGUUUUUCACUCAAAAGUAUCUUUCUGAAUUUUCACCUAAUAUAUGAAACCGAGGUUUUGGGCUGUUAAUUAAAUUAUUAUUUAAGUUCGUUUAAUACACUGCCAAAACUCAUGAAAUGAAAUGAACAUCCAAGCCGAUUCCACCGAAUUUUAUUUUGAAAUAUUUUCUCAAGAAUAAUUAUACAUCUAUUAGCUUCGUAAGAGAAUAUCUCUUGCUAAAGAGAAAACGAAAAACCAUGGGGGCAAACUCACAGAGCUCGUAGCUGCAAUAAGAAACGAAUAAUUUAUGGGGCUUAUAUCAACGAUGUCCCAGACUGCAGGACAGCUACUUUCCACGUAAGAAGUAAACGUAGAGAUAAAAAAGCUAGUAAUAUCUAUUAGUCAAUAGCACUUGAGAUUCAGUUAUUUUUUGAAGAGGUAAACAUGUUGUAAAUUGAAUUUGUAAUGAAACAUCACCGGUAACUUAGGAAAUAAAACAUCUUGAUAAUUCUC